AUGGAUAUCCCGGCCACCAUGAGAGCCGUCGUUUUCGACGGCCCCCGAAAGGUCUCUAUUCAAGAUCGUCCAGUUCCCAGAGUCAGUGAUGGCCGUGAUAUCAUCAUCAAGGUCCAAGCUACUGCUCUAUGCGGCUCCGAGCUCCAUGUCUACCGCGGACACCAAAAGUCGGGCACUGGCUUCAUUAUGGGUCAUGAGUUUACCGGUAUAGUGGUAGAAGCCGGUGCAGAUGUCAAGACUCUCAAGGUCGGCGACAAGGUCGUAUCUCCAUUCACGGCUUGCUGCGGCGAAUGCUUUUACUGUCAAAACGAGGCAACUUCUCGCUGUGUCCACAGCAAGCUGUUUGGCUCUGCCGUGCUCGAUGGCGGUCAGGCAGAAUACGCACGUAUCCCCAUGGCAGAUAGCACUGCCAUUAAGGCGCCCGCCUCCAUCUCCGACCAGGCCCUAGUCUUGAUGGCCGACAUUUUCCCCACCGGGUAUUAUGGCGUAAAGAGCGCCGUUGAGUUACGACCAAAGGUAGACAUCUCGCAGUCGACCUUUGUCGUUAUUGGUUGCGGCCCUGUCGGAAUUUGCGCCAUCAUCAGCGCUCUCCACCUCAAACCCAAGCAGGUAUUUGCAGUCGACAACGUCGACAGUCGUCUACAGAUGGCAAAAAGCCUUGGGGCCGUGCCGCUCAAUUUCAGCGAUGGCAUUGAGAAGAUGCAAGAACAAGUUGGGGGUGCCACUGACGGCCGUGGCGCGGACUUUGUCGUUGAAGUUGUAGGCUUGUCACCGGCGCUCAAGACAGCGUUUGACCUGGUGCGCCCGUUCGGUGCUAUGAGCAGUAUCGGUGUACACAACGCCGAGAUCCCUUGGAGUGGUGCCGAUGGCUAUGCCAAGAAUGUGAGAUUCCAGAUGGGUCGAUGCCCAGUCCGCUCCAUCUUCCCGGAAGCACUUGCUCUCCUGGAGCAGAAGCAAAAAGAUGUUGAGUUCAUGUUUGACAACAUCAUGCCAAUGUCCGAGGCAGUCAACGGAUAUGAUAUGUUUGACCAGAUGAAGGUCCACAAGAUUGUCUUUAUCCCAUAG